AAAAUCGUGAGGAUAUGCUGAGUUCGAAGAGCAACAGGCUGACAGAAGCUUUGGAAGAGGCCAAUAAACUGUUUAGUGGAGUUCACUGUUCACGAGAGGCUGCGCUGGAUGCCCAAUUUCUUGUCCUAGCAUCAAAUCUAGUAAAGGAGAAGGCCAAUGAGUUGCACUCUGAGAUGACAGCAUUUGAUUCCCUGCAGUUUGCAGAAGACUUGCUAACAUUCAUGGGUAUAAAUCGCAUAGAAGUAGAAGAAAAUGACAGUGAUUCUGAGGGCAGUUCAGGUGGCUAUUUACCUAGUAAUGCCUGGCAUAAACUGGGAGAAGAAACAGAAAAGUACUUCAGAAGAGCACCUUCUUUUCACUAUAUGUUGGGAUCUUUCAGGUCUGAUCCUCCUGUACCAAGGCAACGGAUUGAGAGGCAGAAAAAGGUUCCAGGAGGAGAAGAGAAACGGGCAAUGCCUGCUCAGUUAAAAAAAAUGGAGGAGUCUCAUCAGGAAGCUACAGAAAAAGAAGUAGAGAGGAUUUUGGGAUUAUUGCAAACUCAUUUUUUAAAUGAUCCUGGUACACCUAUUUCCUUCUUUGAUCUUGUGAUUGAUCCAAACUCUUUUGCACGCACUGUGGAAAACAUCUUUCAUGUGUCCUUCAUUAUAAGGGAUGGUUUUGCAAGAUUAAAGCUGGAUGACGAUAAAUUACCAAUAAUAGAGCCUCUAAAAGACAACAAGGUGAAGAAAGGUGACCGUAGUGCUGGAGCACGGAACCAGGUUGUCAUCUCUCUGAACUAUCAUGAAUGGAAGGAGAUCGUAGAAACAUAUGAAAUAACAGAACCCAUGAUUACCCCUCCUUGCCAUAAAAAUGGAGAUGAAAUGGAGAUAACUUAA